AUAACCACAGAAAGAAAUAAACACAUGUAGUAUGUGCUGACGGAAGGGGAAUUCCAAAUGUCAGUAUUUGCAAUUCAGAUUGUUUCUUCAUCCAAGCUGUUUUUUUCUCACUGACUUGAAAUCUUGUUUUUCUGUCUGUUUCUGUAUACUGUACAUUAAACCUGGUGUUCUGGGGAAAUGUAACACAUGUUUAAUGUUUGAGGUGUACCUAGAGGACCUUGAGCGAUAUGAGAUAAGAGGGCUAAAGUACCUGACCCUAAGAGGGUGAGGACACAUUCGGACGACCGCCUGACUGAAGUCAUGAAGCUUUUCCUUCUUCUGGCCCUCUGUGGAGGGGCAGUUGCCCUGGAGGGAGAUGACAAGAUUGUUGGAGGGCACGAGUGUCCAAAGAAUUCUGUGCCCUACCAAGUGUCUCUCUGGACCGGGUACAACUUCUGUGGUGGGACUCUUCUGUCUGAGGAGUGGGUGCUCUCUGCUGCACACUGCAAAACAAAGUCAGAUGUUGAAGUUCGACUGGGAGAGCAUGACCUCUGGGAACCCGACGGGACUGAGCAGCACAUCAUGUCUGCCAAGUUUAUCCGCCACCCUGAUUACGACUCCCGCACUCAGGACAGUGACAUCAUGCUGAUCAAACUGAGUCAACCUGCCACUCUGAACAGCUUCGUGCGCUUUGCUACUCUACCGUCAAAGUGUGCCAGCGAUGGGUCAAUGUGUCAGAUAUCUGGAUGGGGGAGUCUUCGGCCCAGUGAUGAAGGCUCGAGGUACCCUCAUCAGCUGCAGUGCCUGGACGUCCCUCUCCUGAGUGAUGACACAUGCUUUAAUGUGUAUCCUUUCCAAAUCACUGAAAACAUGAUCUGUGCUGGCUAUCUGGAGGGGGGCAAGGACUCCUGUCAGGGUGACUCCGGGGGUCCGAUGAUGUGUGACGGGGAACUCCAGGGAGUCGUGUCUUGGGGGCACGGCUGUGCUCUAAGAAACAAGCCCGGGGUGUACACAAAAGUUUGCAAUUACAUCUCCUGGAUCAAGAACACCAUGGCUUCUGGCUGAGCAGCAAAGAUAUUAA